AUGACUGAUGCAAAAAUCUUUGGAAUAAUCUGUCUUAGCUUGUCUAUUGCCUGCUUUCCGAAUACUGCUGAAUUCAAAUGUGCUCUAAAUAUUUAUUCGAUCAAACAUAUAUUUUUGGUUAUUUGCGUGAAUGCUUGCUUACUUAUUACUACGACAACUUUAACUUUAUGCCACUUAUUUAAUAUACCUGAGGCUUCUUAUCGAUUCAGUCUUGCUCUUGUGGAAAAAUUUCACGUCUUAAUAGCAUUUAUGCUUUAUGGCAUUGGAAUGGAAGUGAUUUUUGUUUCAAUUCCACCCAAUAAAAUUAUACUUCCAUGGAUGAUCCAAUUGAAGAUAAUCGAAAGUAAAAGAUUUGGUAAAAGUAAAUCUGAGCAAUUAAAAAGUAAUAACUGA